UAUCCCCCGCCCCCUGCCCUUCUCUCUUUCUAUCUCUAUCUCCCUCGUUUCGAUCGAAAUUCUUAGACUCAUCGAAAAACCUAAUCAGGUACCCCUUUCUCCUUUCAAAACCCUAGUAUUUACCUUUGUCCUCUGAUCUCGAUAAAGCAUUUUUUUUUAACUCCUCUCUCUCUUAAACCCUUCAGAUCUCUUGGGCUAGGGUUUCAAUUUCCACAUGGAUUCCGUCGACGUCGAAAUCGCCAAGGCACAAGAGGAGCGAAGAAAGAUGGAGGAGGUCGCCCCUCUCACCUCCGUCACCUUCGACGCCGGUCUCUAUUGGCGCGACAACCGAUUCGAGGGCUACGAGCGCUCGAUCCCCGUCACUGAGGAGGACGGACGCCAGAAGACGGUGGCCGGGACGUCGUUUCGUCGUAUGGUCACCGGCCCCAAAUCCCUCAAAGAACUGCCACGUGCUGGUGCUGAGGCCGACGAUGACUCUGGGUUCAAGAAACCCUCGAGGAUUAUUGAUCGAGAGGAUGAUUACAGGCGUCGGAGGCUGAAUAGGAUUAUAUCACCGGAUAGAAAUGACCCGUUUGCGACCGGAGAAAAGACUCCGGAUCCUUCAGUGAGAACUUAUGCUGAUGUGAUGAGAGAGGAGGCCUUGAAGAGACAAAAAGAGGAUCUUUUGAAGGAAAUUGCGAAGAAAAAGGAAGACGAGAAGAAUAAUAAGGAAGCUGCAGCAGCUGCACCUGAGCCUGCUCCACAAAAGAGAAGGAACAGAUGGGAUCAAUCUCAGGGGGGAGAAGAUCCGAGCUCUAAGAAGGCCAAGACUAGCUCAGAUUGGGAUGUGCCCGAUUCUACUCCUGGUAUUGGGUCGGGGCGCUGGGAUGCGACUCCAACUCCGGGUCGGGUUGCAGGCGAUGCAACCCCCGGUGUUGCCCGUCGCAACCGCUGGGAUGAAACCCCGAGCGGUCGGUUAGCUGAUGCAGAUGCAACUCAGCUGCUGGCGGAGUAAACUCCUGGUGCAACUCCUGCAGGAAUGACUUGGGAUGCUACACCUAAGCUCGGGGGUUUGGCCACUCCGACCCCAAAGAGACAGAGAUCAAGAUGGGAUGAAACUCCGGCGAGCAUGGGAAGUGCUACACCAUUGCCUGGCUCUGCAGCAACUCCUGCUGCUGCUUUCACUCCGGGGGUUACUCCCAUUGGUGGUGUUGACCUUGCCACUCCGACACCAGGAGCACUUAAUCUUAGAGGUGCAAUGACGCCGGAGCAGUAUAAUUUGAUGAGAUGGGAGAGGGAUAUUGAGGAGAGGAACAGACCAUUGACUGAUGAAGAGCUUGAUGCUAUGUUUCCUCAAGAAGGGUAUAAGAUUCUCGACCCACCAGCUUCUUACGUGCCUAUUAGAACUCCGGCGAGGAAGUUGUUGGCUACACCUACUCCUAUGGGUACUCCAUUAUAUGCUAUUCCUGAAGAGAACCGUGGGCAGCAGUUUGAUGUGCCAAAGGAGGCUCCUGGUGGCUUGCCAUUUAUGAAGCCGGAGGAUUAUCAAUAUUUUGGGGCUUUGUUGAAUGAGGAAGAGGAGGAGAAGUUGUCACAGGAAGAGCAGAAGGAGAGGAAGAUUAUGAAGUUGUUGCUUAAGGUGAAGAAUGGGACACCCCCACAGAGGAAGACGGCUCUUAGGCAGCUUACUGAUAAAGCCAGGGAGUUUGGGGCUGGUCCACUGUUUAACAAGAUUCUGCCUUUGCUUAUGCAACCUACCUUGGAGGAUCAAGAGAGGCAUCUUUUGGUGAAGGUUAUCGACAGGGUGUUGUAUAAGUUGGAUGAGCUAGUUCGGCCUUUUGUUCAUAAGAUUCUCGUGGUUAUUGAGCCGUUGUUGAUUGAUGAGGACUAUUAUGCUCGUGUUGAAGGGAGAGAGAUUAUUUCCAAUCUGAGUAAGGCUGCUGGUUUGGCCACUAUGAUUGCUGCAAUGAGGCCGGAUAUUGACAACAUUGAUGAGUAUGUGAGGAAUACAACUGCUAGGGCUUUCAGUGUGGUUGCUUCAGCCUUGGGGAUUCCUGCACUCUUGCCUUUCCUGAAGGCUGUUUGUCAGAGUAAGAAGUCUUGGCAAGCUCGGCAUACGGGUAUUAAGAUUGUUCAGCAGAUUGCUAUUCUUAUGGGAUGUGCUGUGCUUCCACACUUGAAAUCUCUUGUUGAAAUCAUUGAACACGGGUUGAGUGAUGAGAAUCAGAAGGUGAGGACAAUCACUGCACUUUCUCUUGCUGCACUUGCGGAAGCAGCUGCUCCUUAUGGUAUUGAGAGUUUUGAUUCAGUAUUGAAGCCACUUUGGAAGGGCAUUAGGUCUCAUCGGGGUAAGGUUCUUGCUGCCUUCUUGAAGGCUAUUGGUUUCAUUAUUCCGCUUAUGGAUGCUGUGUAUGCUAGUUAUUAUACGAAGGAAGUGAUGCCUAUACUCAUCCGUGAGUUCCAAUCACCCGAUGAAGAAAUGAAGAAGAUUGUGUUGAAGGUGGUUAAGCAAUGUGUAAGCACCGAAGGUGUAGAGGCUGAUUACAUCCGUAAUGAUGUUCUUCCAGAGUUCUUCCGGAACUUCUGGGUUAGGAGGAUGGCAUUGGACCGUAGGAACUACAAGCAGCUCGUGGAAACCACUGUUGAGAUUGCAAACAAGGUUGGAGUUGCUGAUAUUGUGGGAAGAGUAGUAGAGGAUCUCAAGGAUGAAAGUGAACCUUAUAGGAGAAUGGUGAUGGAGACUAUUGAGAAGGUUGUUGCCAACUUGGGCGCUUCAGAUAUUGAUGCUCGGUUGGAGGAGCUUCUUAUUGAUGGGAUUCUCUAUGCUUUCCAAGAGCAAACCAGUGAUGAUGCAAAUGUAAUGCUUAAUGGUUUUGGUGCUGUGGUGAACUCUCUUGGCCAGAGAGUUAAGCCAUACCUUCCUCAGAUUUGUGGGACAAUCAAAUGGCGUUUGAACAACAAGAGUGCAAAGGUUAGGCAACAAGCAGCUGAUCUUAUAUCCCGGAUUGCAGUCGUCAUGAAGCAGUGCCAAGAAGAGCAACUGAUGGGUCACUUGGGUGUUGUUCUGUAUGAGUACCUGGGAGAAGAAUAUCCUGAAGUCUUGGGUUCUAUUUUAGGAGCACUGAAGGCAAUUGUCAACGUCAUUGGUAUGAAUAAAAUGACGCCUCCUAUUAAAGAUCUGCUUCCCCGUCUUACACCCAUCCUGAAGAACAGACAUGAAAAGGUCCAGGAAAAUUGUAUUGAUCUUGUGGGUAGAAUUGCUGAUCGUGGUGCUGAGUAUGUUCCUGCCAGGGAAUGGAUGAGGAUAUGUUUUGAGCUUCUUGAGAUGUUGAAGGCACACAAGAAGGGAAUCAGAAGAGCUACAGUGAACACUUUCGGGUACAUAGCAAAAGCAAUUGGUCCUCAAGAUGUCCUGGCAACUCUAUUGAACAAUCUGAAAGUGCAAGAGCGUCAGAAUCGUGUCUGUACUACUGUUGCCAUUGCAAUUGUUGCAGAAACCUGCUCUCCAUUCACUGUUCUACCUGCCCUUAUGAAUGAGUACCGUGUGCCAGAGCUUAAUGUGCAGAAUGGGGUUCUGAAAUCACUUUCUUUCCUCUUUGAGUACAUAGGAGAAAUGGGCAAGGAUUACAUCUAUGCUGUUACGCCAUUGCUUGAGGAUGCUUUAAUGGACAGGGAUCUGGUUCACAGACAGACUGCUGCUUCUGCUGUUAAGCACAUGGCCUUGGGAGUAGCUGGACUGGGUUGUGAGGAUGCCUUGGUCCAUUUACUCAAUUACGUGUGGCCUAACAUCUUUGAGACAUCUCCUCAUGUUAUCAAUGCUGUGAUGGAGGCUAUUGAAGGCAUGAGAGUGGCAUUGGGUGCGGCUACAAUUCUUAACUACUGCCUUCAGGGUCUGUUUCAUCCGGCAAGGAAAGUAAGGGAAGUGUAUUGGAAGAUAUACAACUCGUUGUAUAUUGGAGCGCAAGAUGCACUUGUUGCUGCAUAUCCUGUGCUGGAGGAUGAAGGAAGCAAUGUCUUCAGCCGCCCGGAGUUGUUGAUGUUCGUCUGAGUUAUGUGAUGGAAUCUCUGAAAUGCAUAUAUCAGACGUUUAACAUCUAUAUGAAUAGGGGCAGCUUCAACUAUAAUACAUCGUUACUCAUGUUUCAGCUGAAGGGAGACUAUGGGCAUUCUACAUUUGUCUGUUGUUUUUUCUGUUCUCGGAUCCUUAACAUACACUUAUCAACUGUACUUGUUUGGUUCUCAGGUGCAGGCUUUAAGGUGGAUACAGGACUGAUCUCUUGCUGUGAGGAAUGACCAUGGAUUCUACCGCAUCUGCUCUACGAUGUUAUUUCUAUUGCUUAUGGGACUUCUCUCUGGAUUACUCAUGCACUCUUAUCUGAUUCUUGUUUUGGCAAUGUCAUUAUUUUCCUUCUUGGGUCCUAUUUAGUAUUAGUUAAUGUAUUGCUGAUGUACUCAGUGAUGUGGACCAAAAAUCUGUUAGCUUAUUAGUUAACUCUCAAACGUAUUGUAUAUUUGAUGCAUUACACGUUUUGAGUAUUUUUUUUUUUGCUUCUCUUUUUUCUCUCCUUGUGCUCCCGACUUGCCAAAAUUAUGAAUUGAAGAUUUGAUCGGGCUUA